AAAAAUAGUAAUGUCAUCAUAACCAAGAAAUUUGUUUACACAUUUCUCUGAUCUUAAACAUAUUCUGACAUGAAUAUAUUCAAUAUUUAAGGAGAUUCAAUAAGAAAUGUUACAGAAAACAAUUCUGCGAUUAAAAUGCAUCGCACGAUCGAUGCAGCUUCGUUCUCUGACGAAGCUAUCAGUUAAUUUGGAAGAAAAAUCCAACAAGAUGCAAGCUUGGCAGAUACAUUCAUAUAAUGGUUUAGAGGAUUUAAGAUUGUCUAAUGUCAGAAUACCAGUGAUCAUGCAGCCAACAGAUGUUUUGGUAAAGGUUGAAGCUGCUAGUGUGAACCCCAUUGAUUUUGCGAUGACAAAUGGUUAUGGCACAACUCUUUUAAACUUUAUGCGCAAAGCUAAAAAUUUGACUGGUGGAACAUAUGAUGGAUUAGACUUACCAUUAACAUUAGGCAGAGAUUUUGCAGGGGUGAUUGUGUCAAAGGGACAUGAUGUGGGAGACAGACUCGAGUUAGGCAAGGAAGUUUGGGGAGUAGUUCCAACAGAGCAACAGGGCUGUCAUGCAAAUUAUGUUGUGGUUAAUAGUAACUUAGUAAGUCCACGCCCUUCGAAUUUGUCUCAUAUAGAAGCUGCAAGUAUUUUAUUUACUGGACUGACUGCAUGGUCCGCACUAUGGAUUACAGGAGGGUUAUCUUAUAAAACAGCGAUAGUCACAAGACAAAAUAAACGCAUCCUGGUUAUGGGAGGUUCAGGUGGAGUUGGAACCUUGGCUAUACAGCUACUAAAAGCUUGGAACAUGCAUGUAAUUAGCACGUGUAGCAGUGAUGCCAUGGAUAUGCUACAGGGUUUAGGUGCCGAUAUUGUUAUUGACUAUAAGCAAGAUGAUGCAGACAUAAAAAUUAUUUCAGAAGGACCGUAUGACAUAAUCUUAGAUUGUGCCAAUCAAGGGCCGGAAUAUGUCAGAAUGAAAGGAUAUCCACACAGUACUUACAUAGCACUAAACUCGCCACUAUUGAAAAAUACUGAUCAACAUGGGCUAGUUAUAGGAAUGGCAAAGAAUGUGCAAGAUUUCUUAAAGUUCAAUAUUCCAAGGCAAGAAAAUAAAAGCUGUGUAAAAUGGGGAUUCUUUAUACCAUCCCAGACGGGUAUUAAAGUCCUUCAAAAACUUGUGGAAAAUAAAGAAAUUGUACCUGUCGUUCAACAAGUAUAUACUUUUCAAGAUUUGCCAUUAGCAUAUGAAAAGAUGAGGCAAGGCCAUGUAAGAGGUAAACUGGUCAUUGAUAUAAGAUAACACAACAUGCAUCAUUGAAUUAAAUAAAUAGAUA